AUGGAGAGGUCAUUGGUGAUUGGGUUUUCCCGGGAUAUCUUUUACGACUAUAUGCAUGGCCAAGAAAUUGCGUUUACAACCAAAGUUAGGGAAACGGGUUACCGCUUCGUCCACGGGAUUUUGGCGCCCAAAGCACAAUUGACUUAUGGGAAUGCUCGGAUCAGACCUGUUCGAUUUGGAAGCACUUGCACAUUCGCUCAUGGACUUAAUGAACUGCGUGCUGUUCCCAGACAUCCCCGCUACAAAACUGACCUGUGCCGCACGUACCACAGUCUAGGCUACUGCCAAUAUGGAACACGCUGCCAUUUCGUUCAUGACCUAGAAGAGGCAGCAGGGAUAUCACCCAUGAGGGGUCACAGACUGCGUUCUCGACACGACAAACUAGGUUCAGCUUUAUUAACCUUGGCUGAAAAUGCUGGCAUUGCACCAGAUCCAUCUGCCAGUGAUGUCCUUUUAGCUAACUUACGGCGUCUUUAUGCCAUUCGAAUUUUGCAAGAAAAUGCUGAUGACCCAAAUCUAUCUGCCUCUAGAAUUGGAACUACAAUAGAUAAAAUAAACACGACUGAGAUUGAACCAGUUUCAUCUAGGAUAAGUAUUUCUUCAACUGACAGUAAUGUAUUGGAUAAUUCCUUAGGUUCUGUGCUUGAACCCGGUGUAGAAGGUAGUGUAGACAUGAGAGUAGUAGAUAUCAGCGUAGACAGCAGCAUAGAGAAAAGUGUGGGGUCCAAUGCUUCUUCAGGUUCUGAUACGUCUACUUCCUCAACAGUAGGUCGUUGGUGGGAAGCCUGGUAUAACACAACGCCACGUCUCGCGUCAAAUUGGGUGGAGCCAUUUAUAUCCAACCCAAUGGAGGUCUCUCGUAGUCUACAACUACCAACCAUUGCAGAACUCUCUCAGAUGCCAUACACUUAGUUUUAUAAAAAUUUCAAUUCUUAAUUUAGUUAACGGAAAAAUGCGGAAAUUGUUCAAUUGCAAUUAUAUGGCACGCUAUAGAUUCUGCGUUUUUAGUGCAAUUAUUCUUUAGGAUAUGACAAAUAUUUAAUAUGUUUUUCUUUUAUUAAAAGAUCUUGAUAUAGGUAAGUUCAAAGUAUGUCUGAGUUAUUCUUUUACGGAUUUUUUUCUUGUAAAAUUAGGUUUUAUCUGUUUUAUUGAAUAAUCUUAUUUAAUUUCUUAAGGCCAUUAAUAAUUCUUAAUAUAAAUAUAUGGUCAUAAGUUCAAAUUUCAAAAUGCUGACAAUCUCCUGUGGAGUGAUAUCAAUUUUUUUUUUAUAUUUUCUACAUUCUGAAGGACAAUAAAUGAUACUUUAGUAAU